AUGAAAGAAGAACAUGAUAUAAAGCAGUUUCUGAGCGAAUGCGUGGAAGACACGAGCAAAACUGGGAAGAAGGUAAAAGGUAGGAAACGGAAAGGUGUUACUAAAACUGGUAGUGAAGAGAAUAUUCCUACGCUAACUGAAGAUGUGAAAUCCAUAAAGAAGAGAAAACGAGGCAAAUCUAAUGGAAACAAACUAUGUGUGAAACUCAAAGGGGGUGAUACUGUUGAUAAACAUAGCAAAAAGAAAAAGAAUAAAUCUGUUGUCCAGGACAGCAGUGAGAUAGCACCAGUAGGAAAUGAAAAUGAUGUGAAAGAUAAAUUAUCCAAAGAAGCAGAAGCGUCAGGAAAUAAAGGGUCAGACGUUAUGAACAUCACCCGCGAUUCUUCAGACGGAUCGUAUUUAAGUACACUCCGGAAACAGGCGCAAAAUGUGACAUCUUUGGUGGGAAACGUUGUCAAAACCGAAAUAUUUAAGGGUCUUUAAGAAAUCAACUUUGCAAGAUACAAAUAACACGAAGAGGAAAAUUAAAGAUACGCCAAGAAUUGUUUCGAGUGCAGAUAGUUUGUGUCAAUCUGAUUUGGGCUUAGCUGCUGAAACAAUUAUUGAGACACCAGAGGAAGCCACCGAAAUUGCAAAAGGUGACGAUAUUAAUCUGACUCCUGACUCGAUGCCAUUGGCCGUGUUUCUUCGCCACGCACAGAAGAAGGUAACUCAGGAAAGAAAAAAAAAUGAUAAUUACACAAAUCGUAAGAACACAAAUCGUAGUACAGUAAUAAAAUGGAUAGAGUGCAGUAUGGGAAGAAAGCACUAUAGGUCUAGGGAAUUGUUGAACGAUUAUUGAAAUAGCAGGAUUUCGGGUAUCUCACUUGUAAUACAUUGACAUUGACAUUGACAAGUUGGACACACGCCCAAUUGUCUAGACAUAACAUGUCAUCACGUUUAUAAUCGAUAAAUAUACUCAUUGUGAGUUCAACGUUAAUGGCGUAACACUGUUUAUUACAUGGUGUCAGGAGAAACUACAAUCAUGGAACAUAUGAAGCCUAUGGGUCCUUUAAAAAUGGACGGAAAUGUGGCAGAAAACUGGAGGAAAUGGAGACAACGCUGGAAUCUUUACGCAAAAGCCAGUGGAGCCGACGGAAAAGACGAAUUAAGAGAUUCAGUGUGCAAUUUUCCUUCACACAAUCGGAGAAGAAGCAUUGGAAAUCUAUGAUACUUUCACCUUUACUGAAACUGAACAAGAUAAGAUCGAGCCGCUCAUUUAGAAAUUUGAGAGCUACUGUACACCAAGGAAAAACACGACAUACGAGCGAUAUAUAUUUAAUACGUGUGUACAAAACGGAAGAAAACUCAAUGCAUUUAUACUUGACCUUCGCAACAAAGCAAAGACCGUUGGAAAAGGCGAAAUCCCGCAAAACUUAGCUACCUACUGGAACAUUCGCCAUGAGCUGAGUGAAGCAGAAGGUCUGAUCUUUAAAGACCACCAGUUAGUCAUACCUACAGCAAUGAGAAGCAAUAUGCUCAACCUGAUACAUGAAAGUCAUCUCGGGAUAGAGAAAUGCAAAGCACGCGCAAGAGCAAUCCUUUUUUGGCCUGGAAUGUCAAAAGAUAUCUACGAGAAAGUAUCAAAAUGUGCUACUUGCGCCACAUAUAGAAGAAGAAACCAGAAGGAACCGAUGAUAGCACAUCAAAUACCUAAACCGACCAUGGCAAAAGCUAGGAGCUGA